UUUCGAUAGCGCAGCAGGUGUGCACAUGUGAGUUAACUACUACUGAUAAAAUUAGAGUAAUAAGAUCCACUGGCACACAUGGAGGAGCGCAAUGUGUCUGCGGUCCUUCUGCAAGAAUAUGACUUCGAAAGACGCUUUGAUGACGAGAGGGCCAUCCGGUGGAUGCAGGAGAACUGGAGCAAAUCUUUCUUCUUUUCCCUGCUGUAUGCUGCCCUGAUAUUUGGAGGUCAGCGAGUCAUGAAAGAGAGGAGGAGGUUUGAACUUCGUAGGCCACUCUUCCUUUGGUCCUUUACUCUAGCUCUGUUUAGUAUUAUUGGGGCCAUCCGGACUGGCUGGUAUUUGGGAAGUUUACUUAUCACCAGUGGCUUCAAGCAAUCGGUCUGUGACCGUGGAUUUUAUAAUGGGCCUGUUAGCAAAUUCUGGGCCUAUGCUUUUGUCUUGAGUAAAGUGCCUGAGCUUGGUGACACUCUGUUUAUUGUGCUGCGAAAGCAAAGGCUGAUCUUUCUUCAUUGGUAUCACCAUAUUACAGUGCUGCUUUACACUUGGUACACGUACAAAGACAUGGUGGCAGGUGGGGGCUGGUUCAUGACCAUGAAUUACACUGUCCACGCCUUUAUGUAUACAUACUAUACAUUGCGGGCAGCUGGGAUUCAGGUGCCACGGCCCUUUGCUAUGUUUAUCACAAUCACCCAAAUCUUACAGAUGCUUAUGGGUACUUUGGUCAAUGCUCUGGUUUAUCAAUGGAUGCAGGACAGGGCAUGUGCAAGUACACUGCAGAAUAUAUUCUGGUCAACCUUGAUGUACACAAGUUACUUGGUACUCUUUUGUAGUUUCUUCUGUAAGUCAUAUUUAAAAGAACAAACACAAAAGAAGAGUGAUUAACCUUAAAUGGCCUUAAUCGGCUGUUUUUGAUGUAAAAAUUCAGAUUCCAUGUAAAACAUCCCGUAAAGUCAAUGUUUUACAUGUUUGUAUUGAUGGAAAGCUAUGCCAAUAUCACAUGAAGCUUAAUUGAAAGUAAUUUGGCAAGAAAUGAAGACCCCAUUAUAACAAUGUUUAAUCUUUUAAGAAAAUAAUUUGUUGUAGAAAAUCCUUAAGACACCUGAUCCCUAAACAUUGCAUACAACUGCUAGUACAUCAAACAUGACAUAGAGACAUCCAACAAAAUACCUCAUCAAUUCAUCUAUGGCCUUUCACUAGAAUUAAUGUAAUGUAGAGGAUAAAAUAUGUGUUCAUCAGAUGGUUCAUGUGCAUACAGAUAUUUGUUGUAUGAACAAAGAAAAAGACUUAAUUGACUUACCAGUUAACUUUAUAGCAAGAUACUAUAAAAGCCGAUUUCCACUUACCUCAUAUUGUGUAUGUAUUAACUUGCUGUUCCUGUCCAUAAACCAGUUAUCCAGAUACAUGACUUGGGAAGAUUCACCUGGCAUAUUGUGUUAGGCAUUGAGUCUACUGGUUACAAGCAACCAUAAUUCACCUACUUUGCUGGCUUUACCUGUCUACUGGCCUCACCCAACUGUAAAAACAAUUAACUUUAGUGGGACAUAAUUGGGUUAAAGUAUGAAAAGUAAUUUUCUGAAGUUUGAAAUAAGGUCUUACCAGCAUAGCAGCUAGCAGAAUGAGAUGGACAUUCCCUUGGUUGCUAUGGUCAUGAGAUACAUUUUCAAACAUUGUACCAUAAUCAGUUUUUAGACCCAAUCCCAAACAUAUCAUAACUAAUACUUACUU